AUGCUGCGGAGGGGUCUGCUGGCCUGGGUGUCCCGUGUGGGCGUUCUGCUGGUCCUAGUGUGCUGCUCUCUGUCCCUCCUCUACGUCAUGACCUGCAGCCCCCACUCCGAGGACAACCUGGUGAGCCACGCCCUGCCACGCCCCGGGAUGGGGGUCGGGGUAGGAGGGGCAGCAGGGGGCACGGGGGCGGCUCAGAGCGGACCCACUGGGCGGAAUGGAUACCAAGCCAUGCUUGCAGAGCGCGAGGAGCAACACAAGCUCCACAUCACUAGUUUAAAGAAACAGAUCGCCCAGCUGAAGGAGGCGCUACAGGAGCGCAGCGAGCAGCUGAAAGGAGUUCAAGACUCCAUGGAGCGGGGGACAGGGGGAGGCCGGGGUGGCCAGUCCCCAGGAGGAGGUAUCCUCGGGGAGGGAGGACAAGGGCCAGGGGCCGACAGGAGCCACGCUGACCUUCAGGAGUUCCUCCACAGUCAGCUGGGCCGGGCGGAGGUCCACCAGGGGACUAGACUACCCAGUGAGUACGCCAUGGUGCCCUUCGAGAGCUUCACCCUGCAGAGGGUGUACCAGCUGGAGAUGGGCCUGACAAGGCACCCUGAGGAGAAGCCUGUGAGGAAGGACCGGAGGGAUGAGCUGAGUGAAGCACUAGAGACAGCCCUGCAGAGUCUCAACACCCCCCGCAACGGAGCAGACAAGGGCCACACCACCAAGGUCUACUCAGCAUCAGAUUUCAUAGAAGGUAUCACUCGGACGGAGAAGGACAAAGGCACUGUGUAUGAGCUCACCUUCAAAGGUGACCAGAGCCGUGAGUUCAGGAAGCUGGUUCUGUUCCGUCCCUUUGGGCCGCUGAUGAAGGUGAAGAACGAGAGGGUGGACACGGCUAAUGUCCGCAUCAAUAUCAUAGUGCCCCUCUCCCAACGAGCCGACAAGUUCAGACACUUUAUGCACAACUUCAGAGAGGUGUGUGUGCGGCAGGACGGGCGUGUCCACCUAACUGUGGUGUACUUUGGGAAGGACCAAAUGAAUGAAGUCAGGAGCACGCUGGAGAAUACAUCUAGGGAGAUCAACUUUAAGAACUUCACUCUGCUCCAGCUGAAUGAGGAGUUCUCCCGGGGGCGUGGCCUGGAUGUGGGCGCCAGGGCGUGGAAAGGAGGGAACGUUCUCCUUUUCUUCUGUGAUGUCGACAUCUACUUCACCGCUGACUUCCUCAACACCUGCCGACUCAACACUCAACCUGGUAAAAAGGUGUUCUAUCCCGUUCUGUUCAGCCAGUACAAUCCAACCCUGAUUUACGGUAACCACGACCACAUCCCUCCAGUGGAGCAGCAACUGGUCAUUAAAAAGGAUACAGGAUUCUGGAGAGACUUUGGCUUCGGAAUGACAUGCCAAUACCGAUCAGAUUUCAUCAACAUAGGUGGUUUCGACGUGGACAUCAAAGGCUGGGGCGGCGAGGACGUGCACCUUUACAGGAAGUACCUUCACAGCAACCUGCUGGUGGUGCGGUCCCCGUCUAGGGGCCUCUUCCACCUGUGGCACGAGAAGCGCUGCGCGGACGAGCUACCCCCGGAACAGUACAGGAUGUGCAUGCAGUCCAAGGCCAUGAACGAGGCCUCGCACGGCCAGCUGGGCAUGCUCUUCUUCCGACACGAGAUCGAGGCACACCUACACAAGCAGAAACCCCAGAGGCCAAACCCUGCCAAGAAGACAUGA